AAAGUUUCUUUUUCUAAGUUAGAGCAAGAUGAGAGACCAAACUUUAACUGGAACCCUAAGCGCAAAUUUCAAAAAGGCAAGGCCUUAUUUCUUCAUGGUAUGCUUGCAAUUUGGUGCAGCAGGGAUGUAUAUAAUCAGCAUGGUAACUCUCAACCAAGGCAUGAAUCGUUACGUGCUCAUUGUGUACCGUAAUGCUAUUGCUGCACUUGUACUUGCACCUUUUGCACUGCUGCUUGAGAGGAAAACAAGGCCAAAGAUGACUUUGCCAAUCUUCUUACAAAUAAUCACAUUGGGAUUUCUAGAGCCAAUCCUUGAUCAAGGCUUCACUUACUUGGGAAUGAAAUUUACAUCAGCAUCAUUUACAUCUGCAGUUAUGAACGCCGUUCCCUCGGUCACCUUUGUGAUUGCAGCCAUUUUUCGAUUAGAGCAUGUAAGGAUUAAGGAAGGACGCAGUCAAGCGAAGGUCAUUGGGACCCUGGUAACCCUUUCAGGAGCUUUACUUAUGACACUUUACAAAGGCCCUGUCAUUGAUCUAAUAUGGUCAAGUAAAACAAGCCACCAUGGAAGCCGUGGCGUCUCAUCUGAUAAGCACUGGAUAUCUGGGACACUAUUAAUCCUUGUAGGUUGUGUUGCCUGGUCCUGUUUCUAUGUACUGCAAUCAAUUACCAUAAAAAAAUACCCGGCAGAAAUCUCUCUUUCCUCCUUGAUAUGCUUGGCGGGUGCAAUCCAGAGUUUGGGAAUUGCCCUAGCUGUAGAGCAUCGCCCUAGUGGAUGGGCAGUUGGCUGGAACUCUAGGCUUUUGGCUCCAUUGUACUCAGGUGUAGUUAGCUCUGGAAUUACAUACUAUGUGCAAGGUCUGGUCAUGAAAACAAGAGGCCCUGUAUUUGUCACUGCCUUCAAUCCUCUCUGCAUGAUAAUCGUUGCUGCUCUUGGUUCUGCCAUCCUAGGCGAGCAAAUUCACCUUGGAAGUAUCAUAGGAGGAGUUAUUAUCGCAAUCGGCCUCUAUUCUGUGGUGUGGGGGAAAAGCAAGGAUUGUCCAUCAGCAUCUACCCCCGCAAAGGUUGAUUAUAUCCAAGAGCUACCAAUUUCAGAAAAGAAUUGUUCUGAUGGCACUAAGCUUGGCAUUGCCACAAUUAACAUUGCUCAGCAGGGUGGAAAGUAAAAGAUAUUCCUAAAAGCAUGACCUUAGAAAAGUAUCAGGAAAACCUCACCUGUUUCAAAGAGUAAUAAAUCUCUGUACAUAAAAGCCUUUCCAUUAGUCUCUUCUCUGCAACUUGUUAGUGAAAAUACUAUGGAAAUUACAUCAAGGCAUGGUACAUGUGAGCACAAAAUAUAUUGGCUUGAUUAAUGUCAUUAUUGUUUAUAGACUAAUAAAGAAAGUACUAUAUAUAUAAAGAGAGGUGGAAUUGCAGACAAAUAACUUUUGCCGCGAUACUUAUGGCUAUCCAAGACAAAUUUUCCUUUUGUUUACCACAAUCAGAAUGUGGCA